AUGAAGGGACAGUCAAGAUUCAUCUCCAGCUUAUACCUGCCAGACGAUACAAAGCUCACAGUCCCAUCGAAGUUGCAAUGGGAUGAAGCAAACACCUUGUCAGAAUGUUGGUUGACCCGACAGCACACCCAGGUUGGACCCACAUUGAAGUUCAAGGCCUGGAUUGAUGACAAGGGCAAGAUGCACCCUCCUGUCGGCGAGGAGUCUCAGGAGUCUGAUGGUGAUGCUGACAAUGAGGGCAUGUGGCCCAGGCCAACCAAAACAUCAUCAGCAACCAUGGCACUGCCACCAUUUGACAUUACCAAACGGCAGCCGAGGUUCAUCAAACGAGUUCAUGUCAGCUCCGCCAAUGAAGCAUCUGACAAUACUGAUGCAGAUUUGUCUUGUCCAAAUGUCAACGUGCGCGCUCCCGACCAUGCAAGGAAAGGGGCAAAUGCACAAUACAGUGAGCACAUGGGACACCAGUCAGAUUCAGAUGACUGGCCUCCACCUAAAAUCUUCAGGAAGAGAGUCAGAAUUGAACCUGCCAUCGUCGCACCGAACACAGAUUCGGCAAAUGAAGACCUACUAAUGUUGGGUUCGGCCAGACAAGUCGGCCGUGAUAAGAAAGCAAUUGUCAUGGGGAAAGCCCGGAUGCCCACAGCACAGGAGACCGAGGGAUCAGACGAUGCCAGUGUCGGCCACACUGCAGCAAAGGCCAGGUUGAGACCAGCCACCAAGCAAGACUGGGGCUACCGAAGAUGCUUCACCAGUGGUGGAUCACCAGCCACCGAAGAAGACCAAGGCUACAAGGAACAAAUUCCGAAGAAGAACUGUAUAUCCGAAUUCUUCCGAUACAUCAUGGAACGAAUUUCAACUGAUCCAGCGUUAGAGGCACAGCCCAACUUCGAAUCAGCCGUGUACCGAGGUUGGCUAAAUGCCCUCGUCGCACAAGGCAUAACCAGAGAUGACGCCCUUGCCAAUAUGGCAGAGGGAUGGAGGUUUGAACGCCAAGAGCGAAUCGUCCUUUGGCAGGAACAGGCAGAAGAAGACGCUCGCAUCCUGCAGGAACGCCUGGAGCGUGAGAACACUGAGAAGGAAGCCGAGCAGCUGGAAGAACAACGCAAAGCGGAGAAGAAGAAGCCCAAAAUCAACGACUUCGACGCAGGAGCAAUUGUGGCGGACGUGAUCAUUCCUCGACCAUCACAAUACGCCAUCCAGAAGAUAAAAAGCAUGGAGUACGUAGAACUUUGGUACUUCAGUCCUGACGGCUGCCGUGAAGCCUCCAUCACCUCUAGAUCCACCUCAGACUCAGACGACGCUUUCGGCUUCGCAAAAGUCGACGGCAUGGUCGCCCUCAAGACACUUGCAUCAUUCAAAGCUUCCAGCAAGGCCUUGCAGGACCACGAUUUAUCAUGGUGA